GGGGCCACUCGGCCCGCUCGCCUCGCCUCGCCCCGCCGCGUCAGGCCGCGUCUCCUCAGUUCUUCACGGGCCGCGGCGGCGGCGGCGGCGGCGCUACAACUUUUGACAUUUUGGCGGCGGAGGAGCGCGCCGGCACUGCGGGACCGACGGCUGUGGCAGCGGCCGACCUUCGAGGGCUCCUCAGCCGCACCGGCGCUCCCGCCGCCCAGGGUCGGGCGGCCACGAGGCCCCGCCGCGUCGUCCCGCGUCGCCCCGCCGGGCGGCUGCAGCCAUGUCGCGGGGACCGGAGGAGGUGAACCGGCUCACGGAGAACACCUACCGGAAUGUUAUGGAACAGUUCAAUCCUGGGCUACGAAAUUUAAUAAACCUAGGAAAAAAUUAUGAAAAAGCUGUUAAUGCUAUGAUCCUUGCGGGAAAAGCCUACUACGAUGGAGUGGCCAAGAUUGGUGAGAUUGCCACCGGGUCCCCUGUGUCAACAGAGCUGGGCCAAGUUCUCAUAGAGAUUUCAAGUACCCACAAGAAACUCAAUGAGAAUCUUGAUGAAAACUUCAAAAAAUUCCAUAAAGAGAUUAUACAUGAGCUGGAGAAGAAGACAGAACUUGAUGUAAAAUACAUGAAUGCAACUCUUAAAAGAUACCAAACAGAACACAGGAAUAAAUUAGAUUCUUUGGAGAAAUCUCAAGCAGAGUUGAAGAAGAUCAGAAGGAAAAGUCAAGGAGGACGAAAUGCGCUCAAAUAUGAACACAAAGAAAUUGAGUAUGUAGAAACCGUUACUUCUCGCCAGAGCGACAUCCAGAAAUUUAUUGCAGAUGGGUGCAAAGAAGCUCUGCUUGAAGAGAAAAGGCGCUUCUGCUUUCUGGUUGACAAACACUGUAGCUUUGCAAAUCACUUACAUUAUUAUCAUUUACAGUCUGCAGAAUUACUCAAUUCCAAACUGCCUAGGUGGCAGGAGACCUGUGGGGAUGCUACCAAAGUACCUGAGAAAAUCAUGAAUAUGAUAGAAGAAAUUAAGACCCCAGUCUCUACCCCAGUGUCCGGAACACCUCAGCCUUCACCAAUGAUCGAGAGAAGCAACAUGGUUGGGAAAGAUUAUGACACCCUUUCUAAAUAUUCACCAAAGGUGCCCCCAGCUCCUUCAGCCAGAGCAUAUACCAGUCCUUUGAUUGAUAUGUUUAAUAACCCAACAGCAGUUGCACAGAAUUCAGAAAGGAUAAAGAAUUCAACAGUUUUAACAGAUUCUUCAGAUGAUCCCAGUUUACAGCGAUCGGUUUCUGUCGCAACCGGACUGAACAUGAUGAAGAAGCAGAAGGUGAAAACCAUCUUCCCACACACCGCAGGCGCGAACCAGAGCUUGCUCAGCUUCGCCCAGGGAGAUGUCCUCACGCUGCUCGUCCCCGAGGAGAAAGACGGCUGGCUUUAUGGGGAGCAUGACACCACUAAAGCGAGGGGUUGGUUCCCGGCAUCUUACACGAAGUUGCUGGAAGAAGAUGCAAAGGAGGCCAUGAGUGUGCCCACACCAAGCCCAGCGCCAGUGAGAAGCAUCAGCACCGUGAACUUAUCCGAGAAAAGCAGCGUGGUCAUCCCCCCGCCAGAUUACUUGCAAUGUCUGUCCCUGGAAGCGGCUGCAGAUAAGAGAGCAGACAUUUCCAAAAGUAUUUCUACCUUUAAAGCACCGGUGUCCAAACCAGAAAGCACCUCUCCUGGGAAACAAACCUUACAAGUGCAUGUCACAAAACUCAGGAUCCAGGAAUACCAAGAACGACGCAAAUGGGACAGCAAAGCCUCCUUUUCUCAGCGGAGAAAACCCCUUCGCGACAGUGAAACUCCGGCCGACGGUGACAAACGAUCGCUCUGCACCGAUCAUUCGAUGAAGAGCAGGCCGGGAGCUCCAGUCCCUCCGACGUUAAGUUCUCACUUGCAAAAUGAUUUGUUGUUUGGUGUGCGCUUAACUGUUGCAAAGCUUCGCCAAAGGGUGCCUGAUUUUAAAUGUAUUCCACUUGAGCAAAUCGACGCAUUUUUCUCAAUUUAACAUAGUUGGGUUGAUAUAUUUGUCUUUAAUAGUCUAGUGACCCACUCAAAUCAGUGAAAAUAUUUUCUUCCCAUUCUGUCAGAAGACCAUAAAUUUGGUUCCAAUCCUUA